CUUUAUUCUCAGACGCCCCUGGGACCUUUGAAAAGCUCUAACUUCUCCCAUCAUUAAAAUAUAAUUUGUUUUCUAUUUUUUUUUAAAUACAAAAACGUGUUAAAUACAUAUACAACCCUAACUAAAUCAGAUAAUUACAUAAUCCAACCACCCAAACCCGACCCAUCCAAACACAUAUGGGUAUAACCCAGUUCAUAAACUUAAACGAUGCGUUUCAGUUUCUUCUCUCUUCUCUCUCUUUUUUUCGUGUUCUCCCCCCUUUUCUUUUGAUUCCCAGAAACGACGACAAAGAGGCUCCCUCUUGUCUUCUCUCCAACAAAAACCCUAAAUCGAGACUCAUCGUUUCUUCUCCUUUCUUCUUCUUCCUCUGUUUUAAUCAAGACUCUCAAAUCGACAUUCUUCAUCUUUGUAAGUAAUUUCUUAACCUUGAUUUCGUUUUGUUUGAUAUUUAUGUCAGAUAAAAAUUAGGGGAAAUUGAAGAUUAAUUUGAUUGAAUGAAUGGUUUUUAGAUUACAUAAAGUAAUUAUUCUGGAUUGUACAUGAAUGUGUGUUGUUUGUGUUAUUUUAUUUUUGGAUGUUCAGAGGAAGGAGGAGAUAAUGGCAGGCAAGCAUGGAAGAAAAAAAUCGACUCAGAAGAAAAGUGAGAACUCCACAAGAGCCCGAGAAAACGUUGCUCCUGUUGUAAAAGAGCAUGUGGAAGAGCAAUCUGACAGGAACAAUAGUGAUGAUCUCUCUCCUGAUCUGUGUGAACCCUCUGAGAAAAUAAAGGGUCGAAAAAGAAAGAAUCCAUCUAGUUUUUCCGGUGGAGUCUCCACUAGAACUAGAGCUAGAAAGGCAGUCUCAGAUGAGAAUGAGCCGGUUGGAGAAGAUGUAGUCCAUGAAGAGAGUACUCGAGUGAGAGAAAAGACUGCAGUUUCGCUCUCACUUGAUUCUGAAAGUGAAGACAUGUCUGCUGUAUCAUCUAAGGCAAGGCAACCACCGCAGCCCCUUGAAUUUUAUUUCAAGAGCACUGAGUUUACGAAGACUUGCAAGAUUCAGACCAAGUGCUCUGUGAAGGACACAGUCGACGUGAUUAAGAAGCUGAAGGAGGAAGUUAAAUGUUUCACAAGCCAUCCUCAGUUUCGUCAUUUCUUCCACAUGCCUUCUGAAAAAUACUUGAAGCUCCAAGCAAUGUGGAUGUUACUGAUGCGCACCAUUCGUACUGAAAAAGAAGAAGAUGUUGCAUGGUUUGGCGUGAAUGGUGUGCCCAUCCGCUAUUCUAUGAGGGAGCAUGCCCUCAUCUCUGGCUUAGACUGCCAUGAGUAUCCGAGGAAAUAUUUGAAGCUCGGGGGUACUAAGUUUGUAGAUUAUUACUUUGGUGGACUAAAGAAGAUCACCAUAACAGAUGUGGAGCAGAAGUUGUUGUCUAUGAAGACGGCAUGUAAUGAUAGAUUGAAGAUGGCUGUUUUGUUCUUUCUUGGUCGGGUUAUCAGAGGACAGGCAAAGGAUACCGGACCAGUAGACCCGUUCAUCUUAAGGGUUGUGGAUGAUUUGGAAGCUUGCAAAACAUUUCCUUGGGGUCGUCUAACAUUUGAGGAUGCAGUAAAGAACAUCAAGCAUAUGAUGGAGCUUUUGAAGGGUGAAGUGCACCCGGCAUGCGGCUUUCCUGGAUUUGUAAUUCCGUUACAGGUUUUGGCUUUUGAGUGUAUUCCUAAGCUGGGAAAAAAAUUUAGACUCUCUGCAGACAGUCCCUGUGAAGAUUGUCCUAGGAUGUGCAAGAGCCGGUUUACCAAGAGUAGCAUGAAGGGUUAUCCUUUAGAAGAUAUAUAUACUGCUCUUGGAAAAACAAAGGUUAUUAACAGUGUGUUGGUUCCAACUCUGGGUGAGGAAACUUUGUUGGCUCGCAUCAUUGAUGAGGAGCCAGAGUAUAAUCCUGAGGGUAGCGCAAGUGAUACAUGGAACCACUGGUUAGUUGUGAAGGAGAAGAAAAUUUGGUGGAAAGAACUUUAUGAGCAAGAUACUGGUGCACGAGUGUUUACAAAGCAGAAAGACAAAGUUAUAUCAGUAAUCCUAGUAGUCCAAAUAACACAAUCAAACACCUGAACCCGAAGCACUUCCACAUUCAAAAUAUGCUGCCAUACCUUCUCCUCUGGUUCUCCCCGUGCCUCUGGCUUUUCCUCUGCCACUCCCUUUGCCUCUUUUUCCUCUUCCACGAGAUUCUCCUGCUGAUGGAAACCUUGUUUGUUGUAGUCUUCCUUUCUUGACAUCAUAAUCCGGAGGAAGUACUUUCAGUGCUCUAACUUCUUCUGGUAUAACCCAAUCAGACAUAUGAGGAACAGGAUAUAUUGUCCUAUGAUAAGCCAAAGCCCAUAGCUCAACCCAAUAAUACUUAGUACAAUACUCAGAUAAAUGGAGUUCCCUUCCCGCUUUAUCAGUCAUGAAUGUGGCAGCGGCUACAGCAUGAACACAUGGGUAUUUGUCUUUAUCAAAUUGCUCACAGCUGCAAGUGAACAUAGCCAUAUCAACGGUAUAAACCUUCCCAUCACUACCUUUCACACUGUACUCAAGAUGGAAACUGUUUAACUCAUCAACCUCAAGAAACCCUCCAUCAACACAUCUUUUGGACAUUUCUGUUUCCACAAUAGGCACAAGCUUUAGUGUAGGUGGUAUCUCAGCUGCCUCUUUCCUAUGUUUAUUAAACCAUUCAGCCAUUUUUGCAAUGAUGACAUCAAACAUUGGUAGCAAGGUGAACUUUCUUGCUUCCUUAAUUACACCAUUAAAAGAUUCCACUGAAUUGGUGGUGUCAACAUUGUACCUAUCUCCUUCAAAGUAACAUCUAGCCCAUUUCCUCUCUUCAACAUUUUUGUCAAGAUACUCCGCUGCAGAAGGAUACCUUCUGCGAAAAGCAUCAUAAAGGUUCAAGAACUCAGACACUGUAUAAGCGUGUGCGCACUCCAUAAACUUAAAUGCACAAGUGUCUCUGUGGUUACGGACGUGGCCUUUAACAUUUUGAGACAAAUGCCAUAUACAAUACCCAUGAGCGGCCUGAGGGAACACUGCACCUACUGCAUUGAUCAAGCUUUUGUUUCUAUCUGAAAGAAAUACCAAUCCCGGGACAUCUCCUAUCACUGAUUUCAACUGUUCCAUAAACCACAUCCAGCUAUCAUUUUUUUCACCAUCUGCUACACCGAAAGCAAUUGGGUAGGUGUGAUGAUCAGGAUCCUGAGCAGCCGCAACAAAUAGAACUCCACCAUAAACAUUCUUGAGGUGUGUUGCAUCCACAAUGAGGACUUUCCUCAUCGCGCUGAACCCUUCUAUGCUAGCUCUCAAGGCAAAAAACAGAUA